GUCUUUUUCAAAGUGUGAAAAUCUGACAUGUGACAUUCCUAGCGGGUAUAUAUAAGUGUUUUGGUUUCUGAACCUUGCUAUAUCUCCGGACAUAAAUCACCUAGCAAUGAAGCCUCUUCAAGUUGUAUUAGUUCUGUCCUUGUUAGUGGUCGUAUAUUCUGCUGGAUAUAGUUCUUAUGGAGGCGGCGGCGGUUAUGGUGGCGGCCGUGGCAGAGGAUAUGGCGGUGGGGGUUAUGGUGGCGGUCAUGGCGGAGGAUAUGGUGGUGGAGGUUAUGGUGGCGGUCGUGGCGGAGGAUAUGGCGGUGGCCGAUCAAGCGGAGGAUUAGGAGGUCUGCUCGCCGGUUUGGGUAGAGGUAUUGGUCGUAGUAGUGGAUCAUACGGAGGAGGAGGUUAUGGAAGCAGUUAUGGUGGAAAAGGAUACGGAGGAGGUUACGGCGGAGGUUAUGGUGGUGGUGGACGUCGAGGAGGUGGAUACGGUGGUGGUCGUGGUGGAUAUGGCGGCGGAGGUUAUGGUGGAGGACACGGUGGUGGAUACGGCGGCGGAGGAUACGGCGGAGGCCGAAGAAGUGGAGUUGGCGGCGGAGGUUAUGGUGGAGGACGUGGAGUGUAUGGCGGAGGACGAGGAGGUGGAUAUGGCGGAAAAGGAUACUCAAGUUAUGGAAAAUAGUAAAACUGCUCCUAUAAACUGAUUUAAUUAGAGAUGCGACUAAAGAAAUCUGGACGAAAAGAAGAAUUUACAAUAAAAUUGUAAAGUCCAUAUGAAAACAA